GAGUAAAACCUCUGAAAGCGGUGGGAGGAGGACGCCAACUCCGGAGCACCGCGGACUGAAGCCAAACUGCCCCUCGUCGCGGACGCAAGUGGCCGGUGCGGGCGGGCUGUGGACUCGGGCUUGUUGGAGGGAACACGGAGAGGACUGUAAUGAACCGGUACGAUCAAUUUAACCACCGACUUUUUGUUCAGUAGCGCACCUGGAAGUUACCGCUCAAACUUUCGCCGUCGGUAAGAGGUCCGUCUGGUUGGCCUGCCGCACGGAGCGCAUUACCCACAUGUCUCUUGCCUUGUUCCUGGUAGUUUUUCCCAGGAACUAGUCGGAAGGCACCGCCAGGCUUCACUCCCCAGGGACCCGCGCAGCCAGAAGCUGCGACCGUGGAGCCAAACCAAGAAGACCCCGCGCAGCUGUAGAGAAAGCCGAGGAUCAGAGCUCAGGAGCGGGCAUGGAUGUACCAGUGGAGAGCGGGAGACAGCGGGGCAAUGGCUGGAGGAAUGCGCCGAUGAGAAGCACAAAGAUACCGGUGGAUACGCUUUUCCUAGUGGGGUUUAUCUGCUUACAAGUCUUGUCCCUCCAAGCCUCAGCCGCCAUGCAGUUCACAAAGGAGCCCAAGUCCCAGGAUGCAUUGCACGGCCGCAGCGCGAUGUUACGCUGUGAGGUGAGCGAGCCUGCAGAUGUGACUUACAGUUGGACUCAUAAUGGAGAGACUCUGCAGAACACAGACAGACGAUUUCAGGAGGGCAGCAACCUCAAGUUCACCUCAAUCGAUCGCAAACUCGACUCUGGCAACUUCGAGUGUGUGGCGUCCAACUUGGCAACCGGAGAGUUUCUGAGGUCCACCAACGCGUCUUUCAAUAUUAAGUGGCUGGAGAGCGGAGGUGUGACCCUGAAGGAGCCUGCUUCAGAGGGAGAGAUCGAGAGCUCAGUCCCAGUCACUCUGCGGUGCCACAUCGACGGACAUCCUCGACCUACGUGUCACUGGUUCAAAAAUGGGGUGAAGCUGACGGAGAAGACCCAUCAGAUCAACAACAAAGAGCGCACCCUGACCCUGAAGAGUGCUUCUGUGGAGGAUAACGGAGUGUACUACUGCUGUGCCAAGAACGCAGCUGGACACGUGUGCAGCAAUAGCAACUUCACUCUGCAUAUCAUAGAUAAGAGUGUCCCGCGGCCGGUGGUUGCCCCUGACGACCAGGUGGUGCUGCGAAAUGAGGAGGCCAUGUUGCAUUGUCAGUUCACCGCCGUCCCGCCCCCAACACAGGAGUGGUACUACGAGGGCGAGCUCGUGGUCAACAAAACCAGAGUCAUCCUUUUGUCCAAUGGCAGCUUGUGGAUCACUCAGGUCAAACCUAGAAACACAGGGAUCUACAAAUGUGUGGGUCGAGGGCUCACAGGGUCACAGGUCACACUGGAGGCAUCGCUGCAAAUUGCUGAGAUUGAGGACAUGGUUCCACGGACAUCCCAGGUCUUCACAGCAGACACACUUCAGAGGGUGCCCUGUCGCGCUCCUCGGGGCAGACCUGAGCCGGAGGUGUGGUGGGAGAGGGGGGGUGAGCGGGUGCCCACCGAGGGCAGGGUGUACCAGGACGGUCUGGACCUGGUCUUUAGCCCCACUGAGGCCGGAGACUCCGGGGUCUACACCUGUGUGGCUGAGAAUAAAGCAGGACGACGGACACAAGAGGUUACCUUCACUGUGGCCACUGCCCCGGUGUGGGUGAGACGGCCUCAGGACAGUCAGUUUGAGGAAGGUAAACCCGGAUACCUGCACUGUCACGCUCAGGCCACUCCAGAGCCAGAGGUCGUGUGGCUCCGAAACAACCUGUUCAUCUCUCAGGAGGACACUCGUUUCAAAUUGUUUCCCAAUGGCACCCUGAGGAUCAACAGUGUGGAGGUGUACGAUGGGCAGAUGUACGGUUGUGAGGCAAAGACUGUGGGCGGGAGGCUGUCUGGACAGGCACGAGUCACUGUACUGGAGAAGUUGAAGUUUACCCCAACCCCUCAGCCUGUUCAGUGUCUGGAGCUGGACAAAGAGAUGAGCAUCACGUGUUCAGCCACAGGGAGAGAAAAUCCCACCAUCCGCUGGACCAAAGCAGAUGGAGGAGAGCUGCCCCCUCACGUGGAACAGAAAAACGGGCAGCUUCAUUUCAUCAAAGUGAGCCGAAGCGACGCCGGAAACUACACCUGCAUCGCCUCAAACCGCCUGCAGGGGGAGAUACGAGCUCUUGUGUCCCUCACUGUGGCAGUGUAUAUCAGGUUCAAAGUGGAGCCCGAUAACACCACUGUUUACCAGGGCCACACAGCCAUCCUCCACUGUCAGGCUGCAGGAGAUCCAGAGCCCUACAUCCACUGGGUCGUCAAAGAUAAACCUCUGGACAUCUCCAAAAACAGAAGAUUUCAGAAGAUGCCCAAUGGCUCCCUGCUGAUCACAGACGUGAGUGCAGAGGACACAGGGAGAUACACCUGUGUGGCUGGAAACAGCUGCAAUAUCAAAGGCCGUGUAGCUCAGCUCUAUGUCGUGGACAAGCCAAUGCGCAACGGAGAGAAUGAAGAUGAGAAGGCGCCUUACAAAAUGAUUCAGACUAUUGGCCUUUCUGUGGGGGCCGCUGUAGCUUACAUCAUCAUUGUCCUGGGACUCAUGUUUUACUGCAAAAAGAGACGUAGCGCCAAAAGACUCCAGAAGGGCGGCGAUGGAGAGGAGCCAGAGAUGGAGUGCCUCAAUGGAGGGUCAGUGCAGCACAAUGGACACACCACAGCAGAGAUCCAGGAGGAGGUGGCUCUGACUAACAUGGGAACUCUGGCUACGACAGAGAAACGCCACAGUCACAUCAACAACGACAAACUGCACUUUCCCCGAGCCAACCUGCAAACUAUCACCACUUUAGGGAAAGGUGAGUUUGGGGAGGUGCUUCUGUCCAAGGCCAAAGGCAUUGUGGACGGUGAAGAGGAGACUGUGGUCCUGGUGAAGAGUCUUCAGAGCCGAGAUGAGACGCUGCAGCAGGAUUUCCGUAGAGAGGCGGAAAUGUUCGGGAAACUCAGUCACCCGAAUGUGGUGCGCCUCCUCGGGCUGUGCAAGGAAACAGAGCCACACUACAUGAUUCUGGAGUACUACGACCUGGGAGAUCUCAAGCAGUUUCUCAGAAUCUCAAAGAGCAAAGAUGACAAGGUCAAAACACAACCUCUCAGCACCAAGACCAAAGUUUCAAUCUGUGCUCAGGUGGCUCACGGCAUGGAACACCUGUCCAAUCACCGCUUUGUGCACAAAGACCUGGCCACUCGAAACUGCCUCAUCAACAGCCAGCGCCGCGUCAAGGUGUCUGCACUCAGCCUCAGCAAAGACGUCUACAACAGUGAGUACUAUCACUACAGGCAGGCGUGGAUCCCCCUGAGAUGGCUGCCCUCGGAGUCUGUGUUUGAGGAUGAUUUCUCCACUAAGUCGGAUGUGUGGGCCUUCGGAGUGCUCAUGUGGGAGGUGUUCAGUCUCGGGGAAAUGCCCCACUCCAAACUCAGCGAUGAUGAGGUGCUCGAAGGUUUGAAGUCUGGAAAGCUGAAGCUGCCCGUCCCCGAUGGCUGUCCGUCCAGAAUCUACAAACUCAUGUUACGCUGCUGGGCCCCGAGCCUCAAAGAGCGCCCCUCCUUCACCGACAUCGUCCACACUUUGGGAGACAUACCCUCCGACAGCAAAGUCUGAUCUACCAACUCCUCUGACCCCCCCAAAUAUAUAUUAAAACAGACUUGAUGCUGGAUUAUUAUUACUCUACACAUUUCAGGGAAGAUGGUUGAGGAGAUGACACUUUUUAUAUGCAUUUCAAUGGUGAGACUUUGCCUUAACCACAGCAUGGAUGACCCUAUUUAAGACUGUGGUAAUUCUGAUCCUGCCUGCCUCCUUUACUUCGUCCCAUAGACAAUAGUUUGCAUUGUUGGAGCCUCACAACCUCUGUGCCUACCCCUCAACACGCAAAAGACCUAUGGCUAUCAAUGACCAGUUUUAUAUGGUCUUAAGCCGAUCAAAUAAGGACAUAUUUACUCCUCUUCAAUGGAAAGGUGCUUUUAGUGACUUCAAUGAAGCCCAUCAAUUCAAUCAUGUUGGAGCAUCUAUUCAUUUCACUGCAUUCAAAAUCUGCAUCGUGGGACCAAGCAUGUCUCUCCAAAGUUUUGAUUUCUGUGCCACCAAAUGUUACAAAUGUAGGAGUGUAGGGGUUUGCUGAGAAGUGAGGUCAUUUGUUGAAUGUUACGGUAUCUCACGAGGGACAAAAAAGAUCAUGUUUGUUCAUAGCCAAGAAAAAAGAGGCUGUGCCAGAAUAGGCUUUGUAUAAUUUUGAUGAGUGUGUUGUUGUAUUAACUGAGGUGCUUUUAAGGCGAGAAAUGUCAAUGGGUAAAAAUGCCCUAAAAUUCACAAACUUUUAAGCAGAGUCAAAAACCACUCCCAUUGUCACUUUGUAAAGCAAAUAUAUUAUUGUAUCAGGUCACAGUCAGUAUCUAUUGUUUAGUAUAUUAAUGCGGUAGAUCUGUUUGACAUUUUUAAAUUAAAUGUGUAAAAAAUCCUAGGAAUUUUUUGUUUGCAAACUUGUUUACCAAACUCACUAUCUUUGUUUUUUUUCAAGACUGUGAUUUAAUAAUGCAGAUAAAAUUGGGCCUGAAAACAUUAAUAUAUUUAAAAAUCAUGGACAUAUACAACAUGACUACUUUUUCAGUAAAAUAGAUGGAACUAUGACAUUGUGGUUAAGUUUGGUAAAAAACAAAGCAAACUGUAAAACAAAUUUGUCACAUUAUUGUUUAGAUAAAUUAUGAAAAGAAUAUAAAACGUAAAAGUAUUGUAGCGGAAGUGGUUUUGGACUCUUCAGUUUUUGUCAUAAAUGGGCUGAAGCCUGUCACUGCGUGUGUUAAACAUACAAUAAUGUCUUUUCAAGUGGUCCAAUCAGUUUUACUGUGGUCAAUGAGGUAAUGUGUACAUAUAUACUAUAGAAGCCAUGCACUAAUUUCACUUAAAUAUCCCUUUUUAUCACUAUCACGUAGAAGGAAUUGACAGGAACCCAAAUAUUUAUGAAGAAGGUCCUGUCUUUUUAGCUAAUAUUCAUGGUACUUCUGGGGCUGUGCGCUAUUUCUAUGAACCACCUCAAUGUCCAAUCAUCAAUCCAAACAAUAUGUAAAAGUAUAAAGUAGGUCAAAAGUGUCUCUGAAGUGCCUAGGAAAUGAAGGAUUUUCCCUUUUUUACGUGUAUCUAAUCGAAUGCAAUGGCCUUUUUGUUUUUCAACUUGUUUUUAUACGUUGUUUUUACGUGUAAUGUUUUUGGAGUUUUUUGUUUUUUUGUUUUGUUUUUUUAACAAAUGCUAGGCACUCACACCUAGACCUUUUUUUUUUUUUUUUUAUCCGCUUUAGCAAAUGUUCACAGUAACCUGAUAUAUUCAAAAGUAUACAUGCUGCUGUCAAUAAAGGAUCACAGUGUUUUUACAA